UUCAUGAUUUUAACAUAUGUUUGAUAAUCUGCUUUUUAUCAAAGUUCGAAAGGUUACUGAUGUUUGAUAAGACAUAAAUCAUAAAAAUGUAUUUUAGAGUUUAGACACUUUAUAUAUUUAUUAGUACUACAAUUAUACUUACGACCUGCCUUGUAUCUACUUCGCUGUGUGCAUUGUUAGCAAUAUUCAAUAAAUAUAAUUAUAUUUUACCGACCAAUUCAUUACGAUUGUCGAAAAUCGUGAAUAUAUAUUUUUUUAAAAUGGCUGCACGAGAAGCCUCUAAAUGUGCAACUAAAAUAGUUCGACCAUUAUUAUCAUCUAAUAAAUCAGAAGCUAAAAAAAGAGUUUUAAAUUUAUAUAAAACAUAUUACAGGCAAAUCCCUUUGAUGUUGUUUGAUCGCCAUUUACCCGUUUCAAAAGAAGAAUGUCAAAUUAAGUUAAAAGAAGAAUUCUUAAAAAAUAAACACAUAACUGAUAUUAGAGUCAUUGAUAUGUUAGUUAUUAAGGGUCAGAUGCUGUUGCAAGAAAUUGUUACCAAAUGGGCUCAGGACUGUCAUAUAAUGACAUUAUUUAAAGAUACUGUUGAGCCAAAGCCAAAUGAUUUUUUGUCAAAAUUUGUUAACAAUAAUGACUCUCAAUAGUUAAAUUAAUGAACACAGUUUCUCUAUUUGUUAUUAGUUGAUACAAUUAAUUGCAUAUACCUAGAUUAAUAAAAUGCAAAUACGUUCUUUGUUGUAACAUAUAAUAUAAAAAGUAGAUUCAAAUUGAAUACUGUUAUUUUAUUUAGUUUUGAAUACUUUCAUUAACUAAAAGUAAAAUUACAAUUUUUAUAUAAAGUACUAACAAAUUUAGAGAAAAAAAGCCCAGAAAAUUAUAUUCCCAAAAAAAAUGGUAAAAAAAACUCCUCACCAACAAACACUAAACACUCAAUUAUUUUGCUCUAUGUAUUUCAAAUUUCCAACUAUUUAAUGCAUUUUCAAAAUUAUUGGUAUUAUUCAAUAAUUAUGUAACACUGUUUUUAACAUAAUAUAUUGUCGUGCAUUAAAUGAAUUUAAUAUAAUUAUUAA